CUGGCCGCUUUUGCUGUCGCCCCUACUUCUGUGCUCAGUUUUCUCUCUCUCUCUCCCCCACCCCCAUCUCUGUCCCUUCUCUCUGUUGGUCGGUCUCUGUCUCUGCUUGGCUUUGCCCAGGGUCGUGCUGUGGCCCAUUUUUGUGGCCAAAAAGCCUGGUUUUUCCUUUUCUUUAAGGAAGCCCUCAGGGUUGGGCUGGAGCCCCACUUCCGCAUUUGCCUUUUCCGCCUGAGCCUCUCUUCCAUCCUAGCACUCCGAUCCCCUGUGCUGCUGGGGGUCCCCACCCCUGGCUCAGACUGCACACCCAGCAGGCCCUUGAUAACGAGGGGCAACCACACUGGUUGACGAGUGGCACCCAGCCAUCUGUGUCCUAGAAGUCCCAUGCCCAGUUCCCUCCAAGCUCCCGCUGUUGAGCUGGGGAUGGGUGGCAGGCAGGCCACGGAGACCAAACAUGCCCCUUUCUCUGAGGGCGGAACCAAGUGCCUGUGGAUCAGUGAGCCGGAUCACGACGCUGUUCACCCAGGCAGCCAACAGCCUGGCGACCUUGUGCCCUGUGCCAUCUGCCUCGGCUCCCAGGUGGGCAGUAAGCCACACAGGUGCAUUGUGGCACCAGGGCCACGGGGGCAGCCAGCCCUGGGAAAGAUCGCCUGUUCCCACACUGUGUUUGCUCAUGUGUGUGUGCGCACGGGCAUGGCCUGCUGCGUGACCUUGGCCCAGCUCGAGGUAGCUGGAAACUGGCUACUAUCUGGCCCCAGGUGCAUGGCCUGGAGUGUGGCCAGGCUGGAGGAAGGGGCUGAGUAGGAGGAGGAAAAAGGGGCCCUCUGCGGGCAGCUGCCAACUCAGAGUCCUGGCCGGCUCCAACCCCAUAAAUACCCGUGGGCCGGAGGGAGGGCUGCACAUGGGCUGGCACACACCAUGGGUCACCUGGGGCUGGUUGUCUUGGGCCUCACCUGCUGCUGGGCAACCGUGAGCGCGGCCAAGCUGGGCGCAGUGUACACGGAAGGAGGUUUCGUGGAAGGUGUCAACAAGAAGCUUGGCCUCUUUGGCGACUAUGUGGACAUCUUCAAGGGCAUCCCCUUUGCUGCACCCCCAAAGGCCCUGGAGAACCCCCAGCGGCACCCCGGCUGGCAAGGAACCCUGAAGGCCAAGGACUUCAAGAAGCGGUGCCUGCAGGCCACCAUCACCCAGGACAACACCUACGGGGCAGAGGACUGCCUCUACCUCAACAUCUGGGUCCCCCAGGGCAAGAAGGAAGUCUCCCGGAACCUGCCCGUCAUGAUCUGGAUCUACGGAGGCGCGUUCCUCAUGGGAUCCGGCCACGGGGCCAACUUUCUCAGCAACUACCUGUAUGAUGGGGAGGAGAUCGCCACGCGAGGCAACGUCAUUGUGGUCACCUUCAACUACCGUGUCGGGCCCCUGGGCUUCCUCAGCACCGGGGACGCCAACCUGCCAGGUAACUUUGGCCUUCGGGAUCAGCACAUGGCCAUCGCUUGGGUGAAGAGGAACAUCGCAGCCUUCGGGGGGGACCCCGACAACAUCACUAUCUUUGGGGAGUCAGCUGGAGGCGCCAGCGUUUCUCUACAGACCCUCUCUCCCUACAACAAGGGCCUCAUCCGCCGAGCCAUCAGCCAGAGUGGCGUGGCCCUGUGCCCGUGGGCCAUCCAGAAGAACCCCCUCUUCUGGGCCAAAAGGAUCGCCGAGAAGGUGGGCUGCCCCUUGGACGAUACCGCCAGGAUGGCCAAGUGUCUGAAGGUUACCGACCCCCGCGCCCUGACGCUGGCCUACAAGAUGCCCCUGGCCGGCAUGGAGUAUCCCAUGCUGCACUAUCUGGGCUUCCUCCCUGUCAUCGACGGAGACUUCAUCCCCGAUGACCCCGUCAACCUGUAUGCCAACACGGCCGACAUUGACUACAUAGCGGGCACCAACAACAUGGACGGCCACAUCUUUGCCAGCAUCGACGUGCCCGCCAUCGACAAGAACAACCAGGAGGUCACGGAAGAGGACUUCUACAAGCUGGUCAGCGGGCUCACCAUCACCAAGGGGCUUAGGGGUGCCAACACCACCUUUGACAUCUACACUGAGUCCUGGGCCCUCGACGCAUCCCAAGAGACCAAGAAGAAGACCGUGGUGGACUUGGAGACUGACAUCCUCUUCCUGGUGCCCACCGAGAUUGCUGUGGCCCAGCACAGAGCCAAUGCCAAGAGCGCCAAAACCUACACCUACAUGUUCUCCCACCCCUCUCGGAUGCCCACCUACCCCAAAUGGGUGGGGGCUGACCACGCAGAUGACCUCCAGUAUGUCUUUGGGAAGCCCUUCGCCACCCCCCUAGGCUACCGGACCCAAGACAGGACGGUCUCCAAGACCAUGAUUGCCUACUGGACCAACUUUGCCAGAACUGGGGACCCCAACAUAGGACACUCGGCUGUGCCCACGCACUGGGAUCCCUACAGCAUAGAAAGUGGCAACUACCUGGAGAUCACCAAGAAGAUGGAUGGCCACUCCAUGAAGCAGCACCUGAGGGCCAGCUACCUGCGCUACUGGACCUUGACCUACGAGGCCCUGCCCACAGUGAGCGGAAACGGGGCCGUCCCCGCGCCCCCCUCGGGGGACUCUGAGGCCGCCCCCGCUCCCCCCAACGGGGACUCUGAGGCCGCCCCUGCUCCCCCCUCUGGGGACUCUGAGGCCGCCCCUGCUCCCCCCUCUGGGGACUCUGAGGCCGCCCCUGCUCCCCCCUCUGGGGACUCUGAGGCCGCCCCUGCUCCCCCCUCUGGGGAUUCGGAGGCUGCCCCGGCACCCCCCUCUGGGGACUCUGAGGGAGCUCAGAUGCCUGUAGUCAUUGGCUUCUAAUGUCCUCAGCCCUAAGAAGCCAUAGGGUGAGACCCCGGGGGGCCCACCUCCCCUCCAGCGCUCCUCCCGAAUAAAGCUUCAUCUGUCUGUC